AUGGCAGCAUUCAUCCCCCGCGCGAGCUUCCCCUCCCUUUCCGUCCCACGGUCCUACUUCCUGGGCCACCACGCCGCGGGCCUCACGCGCAUGAAAUCCCUCCUCUCCUCCAUCGACCUCGUAAUCGAAUGCCGCGACUAUCGCCUCCCUCUGACCUCCCGCAACCCUCUGUUCGAGUCCUCCCUCGGCGAACGCCCGCGCCUGAUCGUCUACACCCAACAAGACCGCGGCAGCAACUACACCGCCCAGGAUACUGCUCGCGAAGGGAUCGUCUCCAAAUGGUAUGCGCCUACGCCGGUCCUCUUCACCUCGUCAACCAGCAAAAAGGGCCUACAAGCAAUCCUCUCCUUCUGCCGCAACCACGCCAACAGUAGCUCGAGCCACCUCUUUGGCACCCGCGUGCUGAUCGUGGGUAUGCCCAACGUCGGCAAAUCGACGCUGCUCAACUCUUUGCGUAAGGUCAGCUUGAACAGGGGCAAAGCCUCGCGCACGGGAAAUCAGCCGGGGAUCACACGCAAGAUCGAGUCUGCAGUCAAGAUCAUCGAGCCACCGCGCGGUUCCGGACAGGGCGAAGCGGGAACGGUCUAUGUGGUCGACACACCGGGUGUCUUCACGCACUACAUCCCUGACGCGGAGUCUAUGCUCAAAUUGUGUUUGUGCGGGAGUGUCAAGGACACGAUCGUCCCGCCUGAGACUGUGGCGGAUUAUCUACUGUACCAUCUGAAUUUACACUCGCCAGCCUUGUACGCAGCGUACCACCCGCAACCAACAAACGAUAUCGCUGCAGUACUGAAAGCGCUGGCGCUGAAGCAAGGGAGGCUGAAGAAAGGCGGCGAGCCGGACUACGAGGCCGCGGCACUGCAAUUCAUUCAGCGCUGGCGAUGGGGCGAGAUGGGGAGGUUCGUGCUGGAUGACGUGAGUUCGGAGCAUGGGUUUAGGCAACGUGAAGACAUGUUAGAGGGCAUGGGCGGGAGUAUGAGUGCCGCGAGGCGGCAGAUCAGGGAUGCGAGGAAGGCGGCUGCUAAGGGACUGUGA